UGAAGCCCCCGCGUCGCCUUUUCUAUGCAGGUGAGAUGUACCCUUGCUUCCGAGUGGAAGAGCCAACCGUCCCUGAUUGAACCGUGGAUAGAUUCCAUCAUUGUUGUGAAUCAGUGGACCAAAUCAACGACAAUUCUAUCGAGAGCCUCUGAUGCAACUCACUGGUGAUAGAGUUAAUGAAGUUUAAUAGGGCAAUACCACCAUCCAUGAUUAACCGAUGAAUAGAAGCCCCCUCACUGCUCUGGUUCAGACUACUUGCUUGUCCCACCGAUCUUACCUGCCAGAAAAUACUGAGCAUAGAAGGUGCCAAAAUUUCAGAUUUCAAGUUUCAAACGAUGUAGCCAAUGUCAGUAGCUAUGUAUGGCGGCGAAGUCACAUUGUCCAUCACAUCAGAUGGGGUGGCCAAGCGAGCAACCAUCACUUCGUCAUGCUCGCUCGCUGUAAUGAGAAACGAGACCGGGAUGGUGAGAACAAUUGGAGAUUAUUCAAGUACCUAGGGAGCUCUGGAAUAGUCUUGAGGUGCUUGAGAAGUCUUGAGGUGCUGAAGAACAUGAAGUCCGAAACACCUACCUACCUGUACUGCAGGUAGAGGUCAAAGGUCAAGGUCAAUAUAAUAAUGUUGUCGCUUAGAGGGAGCCACAUCCAGCCUCCAGGCCAGCCAGGCACAGGUCAAGGGACAAAAC